AUGACAAACUUAUUCAUUGUCUCUCUCUUUCAAGAUUUUAGCAUAUUAUUUGCACCCGAUUUCCAGUGGAGAGAACAUCCUGCCAAGUGGGUGCAGACUCGGCUACAAGUUCUCUCAUCCUUUCUAAUAUGUGGGCAGAUUACCCCAAAGCUAUCCCAGAAGUUGAUUCAUGAAGGUUAUAAAUAUGUUGAUAGACUUUCAGAUUAUUUAGAAGAUAUUGGGACUAUGUAUGUCAGAGAAUUCGAAUUAGAUCCUCUAGCCGACUUCUACUAUCCAGCCUUAAUUCUACCUUUAUUUGUCUUAGCAAUUAGAGCAGAUAUUCAUAAAAAAUUUAUUAUUAGUGUGGAGUCUGCUGUUAUGAAUAACUUGGGAGCAAGAAGAAAUGAAAACUUAGAGGAAUGA